UUUCUCAAGCCAAUUGUUUUUUCAUAGUGCACGUUGUCCUGAAAGUACAAGGGCGGGAAGGGAAACAAAGCGUAGCGGAGGACGAGGAGGAGGGAGGAAGCAGAGUGCAGUAGGAGGUGCCAUGCAGGGGGAGGUAUCGAAUUUUGGCCAAUCAAAAAAAGGUGUCUUGUCUGGGCGUCGUUAGCAUGUGGGUCUGUAAAUAGAGCGGGCGCGAGGCGGGCGCUAGUCAUUUUCUGUUCGUUCAUUCGAGAAGCAGAAGCAUGCCCGAUCCAGCCAAGACCGCGCCCAAGAAGGGAUCAAAGAAAGCCGUGACCAAGACGGCCGGCAAAGGAGGCAAGAAGCGCAGAAAGUCCAGGAAGGAAAGCUACGCCAUUUACGUGUACAAGGUCCUGAAGCAGGUGCACCCUGACACCGGCAUCUCAUCCAAGGCCAUGGGCAUCAUGAACUCCUUCGUGAAUGAUAUUUUUGAGCGCAUUGCCGGUGAGUCUUCUCGUCUGGCUCACUACAACAAGCGCUCCACUAUCACCUCCAGGGAGAUCCAGACCGCCGUGCGCCUGUUGCUUCCCGGCGAGCUGGCCAAGCACGCCGUGUCCGAGGGUACAAAGGCCGUCACCAAGUAUACCAGCUCCAAGUAAAGCGCGUUACCGCCGUCUUCAUCAACCCAACGGCUCUUUUAAGAGCCACCCACUUUUCAUACAAAGAGUAAUUUUCUCUCUUUCGCUUUCUCUCUCGCUGUGUGUGAGGGGGAGGGGGAUUUCUGAAGCGCUGCACUCCCGCGGAUGUUCAGGCUUUUGGGUGAUUCUAGCAGUCUGUUAAAUGCAGAGAUGAGUAAAUCUAAACAGGGUUGUAGCACGGUUUCGGGGGUUGUAUAAUCUGAGCAAUGCAUAAUGGGACUUUAGCAGCACAAAGUUAUUCGUAUGAUUGUACCAACAGGAAGUAGUUGAAAAUGGUUUUCUAGUAGCACAUAAUCAUUCUAAAUCAGGGGUGCCCAAACUUUUUCCUGUGAAGGGCCAAAAAUCAAACUUGAUUGAGGGCUGUGGGCCAAAACUAAAUGUUGCAUUAUACCAAACUGUAUUAUAUUAAAAUUAAAGUUGCCAUGGUUCUCAUUUAUCAUUUCAUAAUAUUUACAAAUAAAUUAAUAGAAAAUGUUAGUCUGUAUCUGCUUCACUAAUGCAGUUUUAUUUUCAGAGUUCUAUAGUUCAAUGAAACUUAUAGUAUAAUUAAAACAUAGAACCAAUCCCAUUUAUAAUAUAUGUUCAAUACCUAAUACAACUAUUCAAGCUAUAAGCAAUACAGCCACAUGCCUGCAAUAUCAGUGACCUCUAAUGAGACACAUGAAGCUGGUCCUUAUUUUUCAAACGUUUUUCCAAAUUGGGAUGCAGUGGACUUACUGUCAAAGUCAGGAUAUUAUGGUGGUGAGAGUCAGUUAGUUUGCAUCUCAGUUUACACUUGUUUAAGUUCAUCAGACUGAAAGUCUGUUCACAGUGGUAGGUACUGCCAAACAGAGACAGCAUCACUUGUGCCUGUUUGCACAUCUGUACCUGUUUGCUGGGACACAUUUGUAGAAGUCUGUCAAGGGAAGGGACCUGAACUUAUGUUUGAGUUCUGAAUCACACUGAAGCUCAAUUGGUUCCAUCUGUAGAUCAUCACUGACUGUGUCCACACUGAUGGUGAAGGGUUGAACAAACCACUCAAAGUCAGAAGCAUUGUGUCUGAAGUCCUCAAAGCGACUGUCAAACUCCUGGAAAAGGUUGCUGAGAAGAGCAUCAUACUCAGGUACCUUCUCUUUCAUCAUGCCUGCCUCUCUAAAACAGGGAAAAUGGGCUACAUUUCCUGG